AUGCUUUCGCUGUUAUUGUUGACGUUUCUUUGUGUAUCAUAUUCGGAUCAAAGAUCGACCCCAGAAGAUGACAGCUAUGUUGCAGCUGUUGUUGAAUACCAGGUGCAGAGCAAUGUGGAAACGAACUUGAGGAAUUACAUCAAUUUAAUACAAGAUGCUGCAUUCCAGAAUGCUGACAUUGUGGUAUUUCCCGAGAUGACCUUGACAAGAGGCAACAGCGUUACUGUCCCCAUCUACGGCUUGCUUAAAGACAAUCCUAUACCAGCUUUGGCGCCAGAACUGUAUGAUGAGAUCCUAGUAUCAAUAUCAGCUGCGGCAAGACAGAAUGAGAUAUAUGUUGUAAUCAACGUUCAAGAGAUACUCAACUGUACGAUUCCCCAAGCUGAGGGUGAGAACUGUCCAGAACAGAAACGGUACUUGUUCAAUACGAAUGUCGUGUUCAAUAGAUCCGGAGCGGUUAUUGAUAGAUAUCGAAAAAUAAAUCUCUUCGGUGAAUUCACUCGUACUCCGGCACUUACACCAGAUCUUGGAGUGUUCGAGACAGACUUCGGAGUUACUUUCGGUCACUACAUUUGCUUUGACCUCAUGUUCCAAGUUCCCGCUAUACAAGUUGUAGAAAAAAUGAACAUCACUGACGUCGUCUUCUCUACUAUGUGGUUUUCUGAAAUGCCUUAUCUAACCGCUGUCCAGAUUCAACAGGCCUACGCUCACUCCAUGAACGUUAACUUCCUUGCCGCUGGAGCCAAUAAUCCUAGAGUUGGAAGUGCUGGUUCGGGAAUAUAUUCAGGGAAAGCUGGUGCUUUAGUCAGCAUCAUGCCUGGUCAGCCAACCACAAGACUAUUGGUCGCUACUGUACCAAAGGUGCCAGGCGAGGUAACCGGCAAUAUAGUAGGUCCAAUCUACGAUAGUCCAUCUGUCCAGGAUAAUCUGACACUUAUAACAGACCCUUCGCUACCCUCACAUCAGACGAGACUACUGAGAAAUGAUGUCGAGGACUUUGUACUAGUUGAUAGAGACGUGCUGUGUCACUUUCGUGUGCGAAUGAGUGGGAGAGAAGGGAACACGGCACCAUUUUACAGAGCAUUUAUUCAAGAUGGACUCCAUGUUUACGCAAAACGUAACGUAGGUGAUGUCGGUUGCGUUAUAGUUGCUUGCAAAACAGAAGAUCCCAAAAGCUGUGUUUACAAAUUCGAUGAUAGCGAAGGUCAAACAAGUAUAGAGGAAUUAGAGAUAAAAAUGACGUCAUACGGAAAACAUUAUAAUUCCACAUUGAAGUGCAAUGAUAUCAAGUAUAGAUACAGAGCAAGUGCUUUUAGCGGAGUGAGGAGUUUCAGCGGUCUGGCCACAGGUGGAGCGAGAGUGUGCGCCAUCUUUGCAUGCACAGGAGAUACUAUUGAUACUUGUGGAAAACGUUUUGACAGUUAUUCGAGGAACACUACGGUAGUUUUUGAACAGCUUGAAAUCACAGCAGCUGUUCCUCCGCCCAUUCGAAAUAGUGAUCUUCAAGCAUCAGAUUCUAAGUAUUACCCUAUAUCUAUGACCACAUCCAUAAUGCCUUUGAAGAAUGAACAGUUUGCCUUUGAUGAAGUAUCACUUCUACUCGUCAAUGUUUACUCUAUGAGGUUGAGAGCAGCUACUGAUGAAUUAUAUGCUUUUGGAGUUUGGGGCAGACGGUUUGAAACCGAUGGCCAAGAUCCUUCUCCACCCAGAGAACAUGAUAUUGAGGAUCUAACUACUACUCCAGCCCCAUCCACUACGCCUUCUCCAGGAAGCUCCAACAGCGUUCACAAAUUUAGUGCGGUUUUGUUAAUUAUAAGCAUUUUUCUUCUGUUAAAGCAAUAA